AUGAAAUUAUUCUUUGUUUUUAUUACUAUUGGUCUUGUGCUAAUGUGUCUCAUCUCAAUGAGUGAACAAGCUACUCAUAUAAAUAUUCUGGGUCGAGGCAUUGGUAAUAGUGGUAAGCCACGACAAAAUUUUAUACAUAAAAAUAACCGAAAAAAAGCACAAGAAGCUGCGCGACGUCAAGAUAGUGGUCGUUCACCGAUUCAUCAUAAUGCACAUGGUAAAAAACCGCACUUUUAUCUAUCGAAUAAACAUGUUAAUACUCGAAAAGAUGGAAGUCAUUUUCAAUAUGGUAAAAAGAAAAAUGGUUAA